AUGGAAACACACAUAACCCAGCAGGGUGAGGGGAUUAAAACGCGUCGGGUACUCCCAACGGACGAAAGUGGGAACUACCAUGCCGCUGUUCUCGGUGCAGCCUUGGUUCAGCUUUACGUCUUGACAAGGGAUAUACAGAUUCAAGACAGACACAGACGUGAGGAUAUCAAUACCGCUCUGGAUCCUGCCGAUACUCUUCACGAAUUGGCCACCGCGUAUAUCGACCAUGUUCAACUGCAAACAGAUCUUUCAAAUCGUUCAAUGAGAGACACAAGCUCGAGAGCAAAAAUGUCCACCGAAGGGGCCUUGAAGUCGGAACUCGGGUCUGAUUACGACGGAUUCAUUGACAGUCGGGAUUUCGUCGAUACAUCGGUUGUACGUCUGAUGCGGGAGAUUAGCAUCAAAAAGCCUAAGAGGCGGUUGCGAAGGCUCUUGAUAAGGGAUAAGCAUCAACAGUUCAAUACCAACUACCGUCGAUUAAUGGAAGAACUUCGGCCAGAAAAUGGUGCUACUCCUACGCGGGAUAUCAAGUCAAUUGACGAACUCAUCCAGGACCCACAGAAACGCCAAAAUCUCUUUGAAACCAUCAGCGAACUUCUGACAUAUUUUCAGGAAAAAGAUCUGAUGCAUGAUAAGAAAUUCUCAUUCCAGGACGUCAUAUGGACUGGGACGCCUUCUGAAGAAAAGUUCUACACCAAGCUGGUCAAGCAUAGUAGUAUUCAGCGAGAGCUGAAGCUAGGGCGGCAAGUGCGGCAACUUGAAGCACGUAACCGUCACCUCAACAAUCCGCAAAUCAAGGUUGAGGAAACGGACUACGCCCUCGGAGGCAAAUACAGUGCCGUCUGCAAGUUGGAGAUAAAGUAUUACUCAUCUAAGUGGAAUAAAUCGCCUCAGCCAGCAGUAAUCGGCGAAGCGAGCGGCUGGCUCUAUAACGAUACUACCGUCGUUACCGCAGGGCAUUGCGUUUUUAGUAACGACAGUAAAACGGACGACGAAUACGGCGAAACUUAUGCCGUCGACAUCGACGUUUAUCUUGGAUAUAAUCCAUCGGGGCACUCUGAGCGAAGAAAAGGGACUGGGAUCAUCGUCCAUAGGUCCUGGUACGAAAUUCAGGAUAGUCGGUGCGACAUAGCGGUUAUACGUCUCGAAAAGUCCUUUACUACGGGAAAGCCGUUUAACGUUAAGAAUCCUACUCCCACACUCAACGGCGAGAACCUAUGUAUAGUUGGAUAUCCAAGUGACGUACCGCCUUUGUCCAGGGAGUCUAAGAACACGGCGGGAAAAGUCAUGUACCAAAGCAAUUGGAACACGACCUUUGAAUACCCGGAAAAAGGUCUGAGAUAUCGUGCUGAUACUGCCCCAGGAAACUCGGGAAGUCCCGUGCUGCUCCAGGGAGGAGUGACUGACAAUUCGGGGACAUCGCUCAGUGCUAUUGCUGUCCACGCUUUUGGAGAAGCGGGCGGUUGUAACGGAGCCACACUAUUAGGCUAUAACGGGAACCGUCUCCGAGCGUUUGCAACGGGGUUCCCUGAAGACGACCAGCAGCGUGGAGGUGAAAUCACGUCCGACGGAAAGCCUGUCGUCUCCUUUUUCGAUUUGAUUAACGUGCCUUAG